AUGGGGUUUGACUCACCAAGUGUUGGUAUGGGGUUUGACUCACCAAGUGAUGGUAUGGGGUUUGACUCACCAAGUGAUGGUACGGGCUUUGACUCACCAAGUGAUGGUAUGGGGUUUGACUCACCAAGUGAUGGUAUGGGGUUUGACUCUCCAAGUGAUGGUACGGGCUUUGACUCACCAAGUGAUGGUAUGGGGUUUGACUCACCAAGUGUUGGUACGGGGUUUGACUCACCAAGUGUUGGUAUGGGGUUUGACUCACCAAGUGAUGGUACGGGCUUUGACUCACCAAGUGUUGGUACGGGGUUUGACUCACCAAGUGUUGGUACGGGCUUUGACUCACCAAGUGAUGGUAUGGGGUUUGACUCACCAAGUGUUGGCAAUGGGUUUGACUCACCAAGUGUUGGUAUGGGGUUUGACUCACCAAGUGAUGGUAUGGGCUUUGACUCACCAAGUGAUGGUAUGGGCUUUGACUCACCAAGUGUUGGUACGGGGUUUGACUCACCAAGUGUUGGUAUUGGGUUUGACUCACCAUGUGUUUGCAAGGUUACCCAUAGGAAGCCUCCUUGUAAUAUCAUUGAUUAUAUUCAACAACUAGGACGAGGUGGUAGACAGGGGCAGAGUGCAGUACUGGGUGUACAUUAUAAAGAUAUUGCCAAGAUGUACCUCACAUUGAAGAAAACAUAA